GAACCUGGUCUCAACCCUUACGAUGCGCGUAUCAAAUGUGAUCGUGAGAAAGACGGGCCUCUGUGUUACCACCAGAUGGGCUGGAUCGAGACUUUCAUGAAUGAUCCUGAGGUGAAAGCUACACUUGGCAUGAACCCGCAGCGCAAGUUCGAGUCCUGCAACAUGGCUGUCAACCAGGCGUUCAUGCUCCAGAGCGAUUCGAUGCGGAACACGCCUCUGCUAUUGACGGAUAUGAUCAAUGAUGGCGUCAGGCUGUUGAUCUAUGCUGGUAAUGCG